UGACUAUCUGCAGUCUGAGUACAGAAGAGUGGUCACAAUGUGGACUUUGUGAUGAGAUCUGGGAUGAUCCUGGGAGCUAAACUUUCCUUCUUCAGGGGGCAUCUAGGAUACAAAUUAUGCUCUCUGUCCUAGCAUCUACCAUCUAGGCUCAGUCAGAGUCCCCUGGGGUGAGCAGAUGGAUGGGAGGCAAGAGAUGGGAGGCAGACGCUGGAAGGGGUCGGGGAGGAAGGCUGAGGUGCUGUGGAGGCCAGCAGACUAGAAGGAAGCUGAUACUGUUCCAGGUCUCAGCCCCACGUCCUUCCAGGUAGAGAAGCCAGUCUGCUGCCUGCCACAUGAGCCAUUGUCUGGAACAGACAUGAAGUACUGCUGGGUCUUUUGGGGGCUCAUCUUGUGGCUGAUGGCUCCCUGCCUGGAUCUGACACCUGAAUCAGGACCCCAGGAAAAAUGGAUAUACUUGGUACCACAGCAUUGUAAAUAUCCUUGGUUCAAAUUUGGGAAAUGUGGCUGCUACUCUAUGGCCCUCAACUGCUCCUUCUGCCAUACAGGUAGAGAACGGAGCUGGUUUGAGGCAUGCUAUGAGAAGACCACAGGGUACCUGAGAAGAACAAAAGUUCUCUGGUGGCUGGUCAGUGCCUUGGACAUGAUUUUUAAACCACUGAUGCACCAUUUUGAUUUCCACUGUGUACCUUGUGUCGCAUUGGGGAACUCUGGCCUCAGCAGUAUCAACCAAUGCUACAUGGCUUUCAGGAUGAACCAGGCCUCUGUUCAGCACUUUGAGACAGAUAUGAGGAACCAAACCACAGGGCCUGCCAUCUGUCCCAGGAAUGCCAGUGACCAGGGUUCCUGGAGGCAACAGUGGUUACUGCAGCUUUCUGAUCUGGUGUGGACCUCAGGUACUCCAAGUGACAAGGUAAUAGAGAGGUUGCUGGACAUGCUCCGUGUAGGGAUAAGGGGAGUUCACCUUGAAAAGACAGGAGUAAACUCUGAGGAGUCUAUGCUGACUUGAUGGGAGAACCUGCAGGAUUUUCCCAGGUCUCAGGAGUUUUCCGAAAUUUCAUCAUCUCCAAUC